UUCCCCCUUCUUCUCGCGCUGGAGCUCAACGCCCUAUUCGUGCAGUUGCCAUUCACGACGAUGGCACCACGGUGAGGGAGGUUCGUUGCUUCGCUCUUCUCCUCCCACACAACUACUGUGCAAAAGAAUCGGUUGCGCGGGACGGGAACUAACGGGACCGAACAAACCGGACACUUAACGCGAUAUGCUGUCGAUGCUGCAGGAAGCCUCGGCGGGUAAAGGCCGCCGAGCGUCUGCGUGGAGGAGUGUCAAGUUCGAGGCUUUCAGCGCGAGCCUGAGUUGCAGCCGUCUUCGGCGAAUUCAAGCCCUCCUGAAAUACAGCAGCAAGCAAAAAUCUGACGGAAUUCUUUGCAUUCUGGGUAUUGAUAGCAGAUAUAAUGAAGGCUGUAGAGAACUGGCAAAUUAUCUGCUGUUUGAUCUGUAUAAUUUGACUAACAUUGAUUCUGAUGUUACUGAUUUGCCAGAAGAAGUGCUUGAUGAUGUAAUCCUACUGAUAAAGCCUGAGAGUGUUCAUCUAUAUUGCAACCCAAUAAAUUAUAACUAUCUUCUGCCUUAUGUGGUAUAUUGGAAAAAUCUACACCUUCAUUGUUUGACAGAAAAAGAAUAUGAAGAUGAAGAGAUGGCAGAAGAAUUUAAAAUUACCAGCUUUGUCAAUAUGGUACAAGACUGUAGCCGAAUUCAAGUUCCAUACAGUUUUCAGGGCCAUGUUCAGAAGUUUGACAUGUUCAUUGUUGAGAAGUGGCCCAUUGUACAAGCAUUUGCCCUGGAAGGAAUUGGAGGAGGGGAGUUUUUUACAAUGAAACAUGAGCUGUUUGAUGCUAGUGAGGAACUUUGGCAAGUGUAUAGCAGCUUGGAUCCAGUUUCUCUGGAAGUCUUGAUCACUGAGGAUUUGACGGCAUUUGAAAAACAGUGGAACAGCUUCUUUUCUAACUUUGAGAAUUCUUCCUCAAUACUGGAACUUUCAGAAGCACAAGCUGGAGAGCCACUUGCCUCCAGAUAUACCUCAUAUAACUGGAAGAGCAGACAAAUGGGCUGCAAACUUCUUCCUGGCUUUCAACGCCAAUGCUCUUUCAUGGAUCAAGUAGCAGGAGGCAUGAUGCCUUUUAGAACCUACUUCAGCCAUGGGCUGAUAACAAGUCAAGUUACAGAUAAAAGUUCCUUAUUCAGCACACAUCGGCAGCCUUUUGUUCUCUUUGGUUGUCACUCAACGAAAGAAAACUUGAAUUCGUACAGCUUUACGUUUCCAUCUGAAGGCCACCUUGUUAAAAACACAAACAACAGAGGAGGCACUGCCAGACAUAUGGUUGUGCAGUGUACAUCUCCCAGAGGACCUUUGGCAUGCUCAAGGACAUACUUCUUUGGAAACACUCAUGUACCUUACAUAGCCAAAGACAACAAUCAACGGAAAAAUGAUGAGCUAUUGGUGCUGCCACAGAUUUACUUUGCUAUAGUAGAAGCAGUGUUGGCUAGCAUUCAAUGCUACGUAGAAACUCCCAGCAUAAAAAUGGCCAAAGAAAUGGCUGAAGAUGUUUUUCUUUCAACAUUGGAUUGUUAUGGUCUUGGUCACUAUAAAGCUGUCCUAAGGUCAAAAUUGUCCUUUCAGAUUGAAGCUGUGAAUAGCCAGGCAAGAAUCAUCCCAUUGGAAAGCCAUUUAAGCAAGUUCCUCAUUAAAACUGCAUCAAUGACUGUUUAUGACAUUCCAGAUUUAACAGGAGCCAAAGGGACUGUAGGAUCAAUAGUUUUCUCUGAAUCAUUCAUAGAAUCUAAAAUAUUUGUGAAAGAAAAGGAUGGCCCUGUGUCUACAGACAGCAGCUACCUGAUUCUGUCAGCAACCGUGCCUCGAUACAUUUCUUGGAUGGUUGAAGAUGCUGAGGUGAAACUGUCAGAAGAAGCACAGCAGAUACUAAAGCUGGAAAAACAUUUAUUGGGUACCUUGCUCUUAGGAGGAGACUCUGCUUAUCUUUAUUCUGGCAGUCCAGUUGCUAGACCAGAAGAAGGUAAACUGUUCAUCUUUUCUGAAGGCAUCUUAUUUAUUCAUCCUCGCUCUGGAAGCAUGAUAAUUUCAAAGAAUCAUGCGGCUGCAUUAAAGUACUAUGAUGGGAAUUCUCCAGGUGUGGUUGCUAUCCUUAUCAUUGAAUACAAGAAAUCGUUGCUUCCCCAUCUGCCCAUUCAUUUACACACAGCCUCAAAUUGCCUAGUGUUUGCACUUAUGCCAGGCUCGAAACUUUAUAAAUCCUUUUACUCCCAGGUGAUGUCUACAUGGCAAAAGAUGGGAAAAUCUGGAAUUGCACUGAAUGUCUGUCAGAGGGACCAAUUAUCGGAGGAACAGAAAAAAUUACAUUGCAAUCUGGAAAAGGUUUAUGAAGUCCAAUCCAGAGCAAGAGAUGAAGGAUGGAGCCACUUAAAAAGAUUCAGUGCUGAUAUACCAGGACUUGAUGAGUUUUUACAGCAUUUUGCUGUAAGUAGUGUGAGCCAUGAGCCAGUCAGAAGAUUUGAUCUGCCUAUAUUGCUACAGCAGCCAACUUUGUCGUCUUCAGUAGGUGAAGAUCAGAAAAAGAUUGUGAUCACAAUCAUUACAGGACUGCCUGGCAGUUACAAAGAAGAACUUUGUACUUACAUUGUUAACCUGAGUCAAGAACAUGGAAGGUGGUCAGUUUACCGACAGAUGCCAGAUAAUUGUGAGCCAUUCAGUUACAAUCAGAUCCACCGUUUUCUUUCAAGUGUUCUAGAAGCACAGAGAAAUAGAACUAUUCGCCAGUCUGUGUACUCAAGAAAGAAAGUGAGAUUACUGAUUGUCACACCAGGAUACACGGAUGUGAUUGACGUUGUGCAAGCUAUCCAGAUGCAUCCAGACCCUGACGUUCAGUCUUCAUUUGUCAUUGGUGCUGUCACCACCUGCGUUGACCCACAGUGCUCAACUAUGGAACACAGGUUACUUUUCCCAAAGCUUUUGGAUCAGUGCUCUCAAGGAGUGGUUAGUAAUGUAGUUUUCACAAGCUUGACCUCCGAGCAAAGGCAUCCGCUCUUGGUGCAUCUGCAGAAGUUGAUUCGUGUAGCAAACCCCAGAGUUGCAUUCAUUCUAGCAGAAAAGGGAACAGUGACAAGGAAUGCUGAUAUUGAAAUGAUUCUGUCUGAAAACAGUUUCUCAGAAACCUUUAUGUUGAGAACACGUUAUUUGAUGUUUCCUGGCUGGUGGAAUGGCAAAUUCAGAUCAGGACCAGUUUUCCCACAAAUGACUCAGAUCUGCAUUCGGUUCAACCGUCCACUUGAUAAGGCCCGAUUUGUGACAAAGUGUAAAGCACUGAGGAACAUGUUGAAAUCAAGUCCUUUCUGUGGAAAUGUUUAUCAUGUUCAAGCACAGCUGAAAUUUUCAGAUUGUGAAAAAACAUUUGAAAUUUGUCACAACACCCAGACUAAUAUAUUCUCUGCACAACCUUUGGAAGACGGCCCUUCACCACCUCCUUUGCAAGGUGAUGGGAGGACUAAUGGGAAGACUCUUGAUUAUUUUGUUGUAUUCAUUGGCUGCAUGCUGAAAGAGGAGACGAUGAAAGACUGGCUGCGACAGUGCACAAGACAGAAACUACUGAAGAAGCCUUUCAGGACAUUAGAAACCCUCACCAAGCAAGAAAUUAAAAAUAUCCACAUGAAACGUCAUUUAGAGCUACCACCACCUGGUUGGUUUUAUAAUGGGAACCAGUUUGUAAACUUCUUUGGUGAGAAGAGAGACUAUCAUCCAUUGAUGGACACAUUCAUAGAAGAAUACCUGUCCGAAGUCAACAAAGACAUUGAGAAAUACAAUGCAGAAAUUGAAAAACAAGAGAGUCAAGAUCUCUUUGAACCAUAAAUAUUGGUAUAGUCUGAUGUGCAUUAUAUUCAACAGGACAACAGAUCACUGAUAAUGAACAAGUUGUUCAAAGCUGAAUUAGAUUGGUAAAAUACCAAGCUCUUUCCUUGUGCAUUGAUGUGUCUUAAAAUGUUACUAAAAAGUUUUAAGUAAGAAACCUGUAGGAAUUUACAAAUGUUUAUACCUCUAAUCAAAUGUUCAGAUGGAGUUUUCUGUUGUUCAUGAAACUGUUGAGGGCAAGCUGCAAAGGGAAUUAGAAUUGAUGAAAUUCCCAUUUCAGUUUUACACAAGGGGUCAAAUUUAACCCAACAAAAUACAAAACUCGACACUUUAUUAAGUUUCAAGCUGCUUGAAAUGAACAUAGUUUGACCCAUAAGCUAUUUGCAUUUUUUUCCAAUUUAUUUUUCUUUUGUGAUUCUGGAAUUAGAAUUGUGUCUGAUCUAUGCAGUCUUAUAGCUUGCUUAAAAAAAUAGGUGGCACAAUUACUCCACAUGAUUGGCCCAUGUAAUUUAGUACAAAAUCCUCCAUAAAUUCUUUAGUUCAUAAGAGAAUUAGCAAAGUUGUAAGUCAUAGUUUGGUAAUGGUGUCUGUAGAUCAUAAGCUUGACUAACAAUAAGGCAUGUUUUGCUUCAGCUAUUGUCUACAGUUUUAGCACCAUAUUCAUGAACCCUUGUGUCAUAUGGGAAAGAGUAUUGAAUUGGCAUGUUAAAAUUAAAGUCCUAUGUGAUUUUAUUUUGCACAUAACAGUGCAAAAUUGUCUGCAUUUUUCACUUUACUCCUAUCUCAUCUUGCCCAGCACUCAGGUGUUGUGGCCAAAAAUUAUUAGCUUAUGCUGGGAAAGUAAAUGAAAGGGGUUGGUGAAAUGGAUUAUCUUCAUGUAAUGGUAAUGUUGAUCAGAUUUUUUUUUUUAGCUAGGAACCAGUUACUCUGUUGAAUAAGGUUUAGAAUACAUUAAUAACAACUAAUAGCUGUAUUUCUAUUCACAGUUCAGAACUUCUAGCUUUUGGAAUCCCUGGAAGUGUAAUAACUUGUAAAAUCCUUUAAAAGAUAAUUUUCCCAUAUGUAACAUGUUAUUUGUGAAGCAUGAAAUAAUGGUGAAACAAAGCUAUUGCUAGAUUUCAUGAACUUUACAUAUAGAGAGAGAGAAAUUGGACAAGCAAAUAGAGAAACCAGGUACAGAUAAGCAGUUGGAUUGGUGAAAUAACAAAUAUUUCAAUGUUCUGUGAAAAUUACGUUUCUGACCUAUUCUCUGCAAGUAAUAUGAAUAAUAUUGUGGAUAGUGGCCAUUUCAGCUGCAAAUGAGGUAUUCAGGCUAAUUUGUUCAACUUCGUUCUAUAUUUACACAAUUCCUUUAAAAAUGUGAAAAAAGAAAAUCUUUUGGCUGCACUUUGUAUUAUGUAGCUUGCGUAAGUCAGCUACACUAAUCUAGUUAGCAUUUUGGUUCCCACAGUUUGGAGUUUACAAAGUCUAUUAUUUGUUCCUAAACAAGCCCUAAUCUGUUCUAGAUGAAGCUUGUAAAACUGCUAUGCAUCGUGUCAGAUAAUGCACUUAAGUACUGAUGGUACUCCACAGGUGAGUAACAUGACUACAUUAUGUAGCCUGCUUCUCUGUCUGCAACAGUGGUUUUAUUCAUUUACUUGACUCAGCUGUACUCAGUUAAGUGUUGAUUAGAACUAUACAAGUAGACAGAGCAUUACCUUUCUUUUUGUCCCAGAAUCAAACAGCUGACAUAUAUUACUGGAAAGUUUGAUAAAUAUACGGGACUUUUAAAGCUUUGCAGGUUCAGUAAAGUAAUUAUGGAUAGAUUUUGAAAUAAUACAAGAAAUAAUUGAUCUUUUAGCCAACACCGGAGUCCAAGAAUUAAGAUGUAAGUUGAUCCAUUUGGACCACAUAUUUCCCUUAUUCUAAAAUAUUUACUAUACAGGGAAUAAGUAUUACAUUUUAUUUAUCCUUUGUAUUGCUUAAAUAGAUGAUGAGUCUUCCUGAAUUCAAUAUGCAUCUGACUCUGGUUGGUCUUGGGCUCUUGAUUAUGCAUGUAAAUCAUCUAUAUGCAUGAUAGAGUGUAGAUUACAUAAAUCUUAAUUUAAAAAGUGAGCACAUUCAAGGGGAAUGGCUAUCAGUGUAGGAUAAUGCUGCCACUUGCUUUAAUAUUCUUGAUGAGGGUACCAAAAAAUGUGCGAAGACUUGGUUACAGAUCAUCAUUGGUUUUCCUUAAAUUAGGACACUUAAUAUAAGUAAAGUGCAGCUCCUUCAGUAUUUUGUUAAUUUAAAUGAAAUGCCAUCCAAGUAAUUUUUCCAUAAAAUUUAGAAUACAAUUGCUUUACAAAUUUCAAACAUUAAAUCACUUCAUAAGAAAUGUUCCCUCAUCUGUUAAGUUGGAACGCUGCACUGCAAUUCUCGAAGAGGCUGUGUUACUCUGCUGUGAUGUAGCUUUCCAUACUUCAACUUUUUAAAAAAGUUCACGUAACCAAGGUCAAUAAGAUUUUUGCAUAGAUGAUAGCAUGCCUAUUGCUAACAUACAGAGUCAAUAACUUAGGUACUCUGUAUUCUUCAUGUUUUGCUGCAUCAAUAUGAUGAAGAAUGCUUCCAGCUUCGUUUCUAAAUGUAUAUUGGUACAAUAAAGGUUAAUUAAUGUCAA